ACUCGAUAUGACUGGGGGACCAUUCCAGAUUUUUAAAGUGAGAACAUUGCGGAACGACCAUUCUUAUGAGCGUUCUCAGGACCUAGCAAUCACAAUCCCUCAACAGAACACAAACCUAACAAUUUUCCUCCAAAAUUCAAUUUUGACCGACCAAGCCGAGGAUAACUCGUUGUUUGCUGAUGCGAUACGGUCUGUGGGUUCAUUACUCCGAUGAGUGAAAAGGGUGUAGCUAUAGAAAUACAAGAAUCAGGAGAAGAUGAUUUUGGCAUAGGGGUGAAACUUGGGACUGAAAAUGUAGAAGAUUAUUCGAAGGAAAACGUUGGAGCGAACAAACGGAUUAAGGGUACGUCAAUUGAUAGAUUCAGUGCAUUGCCUGAUUGCUUACUUAUUCACAUCCUCUCGUUUUUGGGUGUCAAAAAAGCUGCGGUUACGAGCUUGUUGGGGAAAAGAUGGAAGUCUGUUUGGGCUGAAUUGCCCGUGCUUGAAUUCCAUUUUGAUUCCUCUCAUGAAAGUAAGAAAACUAUGAAUACGCCUGACUUGAUGGCUUGGGUUGAUAAGAAAACGCUUGACUUCGUGGCUUGGGUUAAUAACACACUUGCUAUUCGUAAUGGAAAUUAUUUGGAGAAGUUGAAGGUUGUUUUCCUUUACAAGAAAUGCUUUGAGCCGGAUGUUGAUGAUUGGCUAGAGUUUGCUUUGAAAAAUAAAGUGAAAGAUGUCAGUCUGGCAUUAGGCGAAAGCGAAGAUUUCUGCACUCUAGAAUUGUACACUCUUCCAGAAAUGAUGUAUUCGAAUUCAUUCUUGACAUCAUUGUCUUUGGAUAGUUGCAUUUUGGAACCUGAAAAAACAAUCCAGUGGCCUUCAUUGACUUCUUUACAGAUCUCUCGUGUGGGUUUGCCUCAGCCUGUACUUGAAAUGAUUUUAUCAGGCUGUCCAGUUUUAAAUUCAAUGGAUCUCAGUGGUUGUUGCGGAUUCACUUGUUUGGAGAUCAACUCUAAGAGUCUACAUAACCUCCGUGUGCAGAACGAUGAAGGUGAAGAAGAAGAAGAAGAAAGUGACCUUUUCUUGCAAAUUUCAGCACCCUAUCUAAAAUCUUUAAGUAUUUCUCUGUAUCCGGCAGAAAGGAAGUUGAAGCUCACUAACCUCUCAUCUCUUGUUGGUGCUGAAUGUUAUUUUUCUGAACACUGGUGGAGUUCGCCCUCUGAGGUGCUGAGUAAUGCAAAGGAAUACUUCGAAAACAUUAACCAUGCCAAGGACCUCGUUCUGGGGUCUGGGCCUGUUAAGGCUCUAGCAGAGUUGGUGAUGAAUGGUUGGCAGCUCCCAAAAAGCCGGCUAAGGUGCUUGACAAUAAAGAUUUCAUGCGAUGCUGUGAAAAUCAUUCCGGGCAUUUUAUGCCUGCUGGAAUCUUCUCCGGACCUUGAGGCAUUGAUCAUUGAUUCUAUUGAUCCCUACAAGCGGGACGAGAAUUGGCCCCCACUUGCAAAAGGUGAUUUGGAUUCCGACUUAUUGCAUCUGAAGACAGUUAAACUGUAUAACUUGGCAUAUCCAAGUAUUGGUGGUGAACCAAUGCUUACAUUGGCCAGAAUCCUUCUUAAGAGGGCAACAAUACUGGAAGAGAUGGUGGUUAAGGAUGAUAAAAUAACUACAAGUGACUCUGUCAAGUUUCGUCAAACCUUGCUCACUUACCCGAUAUCCUCGCCAAACGCAGUCAUCUUAUUAUCUUAACUAUGUAAAAUUUUAAUGGUAGCCGUGCCACCUACGUAUUAUUAUCUUUUACUUUCAUGUUCUAACAUGUACUUAAUGUAGAAGAUCAUGAUUCAUGAAGGUGGAGUCAACGAAUCUUUGCUUGAAAAUUUGGCGUCCUAAAUUUCAAAUAUGAAUAUUAUUGUGCUCCUUUGGUUACCAAUCUUCCUUCUACUUUGUAAGCUAAUACUUUAUAUUUGAAUGAUCUAAUUUGGAUGGUAAUUCUCUGGAGAUUAUCGGAUUAGUUGGC